UUGGAGCUCUAGAAAAGGUCUUAAAAGGGAAAGAUCCAAAUCAGCAAAAAGGUUUUCUCCAAUUUCCCACCCAAUCGCGAAAUCCCCAAGAACCCUUUCCCCAUACAAUUAAUUUCGUGUGAUUUCGUCGAAAUUCACCCCGCCUUUUCAUAUUCUUGUUCCCUUUUCCUCUCUGAAUCUGUAGUAGUAUCAUGUUUUGUUUAUUGAACUUUCGCCGUUUGUAUUUUGGCAUGUCUCUCUGUUUUCCUUUUUUCCAAUUCAACAUUGUGAUAAUCCAUUCCAUGCAUACAUGAUUUGCCAAAACUUGUCAACUUUCUACUACUUCAAUGGGGGCUUUAACGAGUUAUCGAAAACGGGGUGACGAUUUUUUCACCUUGAAUUACAAAACUCCAGUUUCAAACGUUGACCCUCACAUUUCCAAAAAACCCAGGCUUUCUAUGAACCAAACAACACAAGAUCACAGCAAAACAUCAACAGUCACAAGGCUUUUCACCAAAUACCCAUCUUCCAUCACUCCCAUUAAAAGAGAAAUUCAUGCUCCUUGUAGAAGACCAUCUUCUUCGAGAUUUGGAGGUGGGUCCCACUCAAUAAUGGGGAAUUUCCUAGUUCGGCAGUUAUAUAGAGCUAAAAGAAGCGCUUUUAAAACCUUCAGGUACGUGAAGAAAAAAGAUAAAGAAGUGGUCAUAAACAUUGAUGAUGAUGAUGAUGGGGAUUCGAAUGUUGAGGAAUUGGGAACUGGGGUUGUUCCAAAAACGGGUCUUUUUGACGGGUCGGGUCAGAGACGGAAGGUGAGUAAUGCCAAAACGGGUCUUUCUAACGGGUCAGGUGGGAGAUGGAAGGAGAGUGAUGAUAUUAUUGAAAUAUUGGAUAAUUCUGAUGAUGGUGUUGUUACGGAUGUGCAGCUUCAGAGUUCUUCAGUUGUAACAGUGUCCGAUGACGAUGUGAAUUUGUUGAAGGUGGAGAAUGCAGAAAAGAUGAUGGAUUCGUUAUCUUUGAGUAGUAGCAAGUUUGAUGAUUCAUCUUCAUCAGCAUCCUUUGUUCCUUCGUAUAAGAAAUUGUUGGAUUCAGCUGAGAAAAGAAAUAAUAGUUUAAAGAGCCUGCAGUUUCACAUUGAGUAUACUGAGAAAAUUCUUGAAACAUAUAAGUUGUUGAGGCCUCAAAAGAAAGAUGAACAAUAUGUUAAGGAGGAUGUGAUUACAGAACCCUUUGUGCAAAUUGAUAAGGAGGAAGAGGCUGAAGUUUCUCAUGCUUUAUCUAAUUAUAGCAGCAGGAGGAAGGUUUUGGUAACCCAUGAAAACUCCAAUAUAGAUAUUACUGGAGAGAUAUUGCAGUGUUUGAGACCUGGGGCAUGGUUGAAUGAUGAGGUGAUUAAUGUGUAUCUUGAGUUGUUAAAAGAGAGAGAGAAAAGGGAGCCCCAAAAGUUCUUGAGAUGUCAUUUCUUUAACACAUUCUUUUACAAGAAGUUAAUCAGUGGCAAGGGAGGCUAUAACUAUCAAUCUGUGAAAAGAUGGACAUCCCAAAGGAAGCUGGGGUACAGCCUCUUUGAAUGUGAUAAAAUUUUUGUUCCUAUCCACCAAGAAGUACAUUGGUGUUUAGCUGUCAUCAACAAGAAGGAUGAAAAGUUCCAGUAUCUUGAUUCACUUGGAGGAAGAGAUAAUCAAGUACUGAGAGUGCUGACUAGGUACUUUAUUGACGAGGUGAAGGACAAGAAUGGGAAAGAUAUUGAUGUUAGCUCGUGGAAGCAAGAAUUUGUUGAGGACCUCCCAGAGCAAGAGAAUUGGUUUGAUUGUGGUAUGUUCAUGAUCAAAUAUGCUGAUUUCUACAGCAGAGAUAUAGGACUCCGUUUUAGUCAGGUAAACUGAUGUGCUGCAAUACUCAUGGCAGCUUUGGAUGAAAUUAUGAAAAGUGACGAGGCCAACCGGUUUCUGAGUAGGAAGGGAAUAUAAUAUUAUCAUUAUGUAUACGCACACACACAGAGAAAAACACAUUAUGUGUGUGCAGAGGCGGAGCUAGAAUUUCAAGCUUAUGGGUUCAAUAUUCUAAGCCUUUUAAGUUACUGAGUUCUAAAUUAUUAAUUUAUAACUAAUUAAUGAAUUUUUCAAGACAAAUACAGGGCUUGAACCAAAGCUACUGGGCUCGCCGAAUCCGGAGCCCCAAUGCUGGCUCCGCCCCUGUGUGUGUGAGUAUUGGGGGUUGUUAUACUAAAACUUGUCACUUAGGGUUUCAUGAUAGAAAAAAUGUGACUUUUGAUCUUCCUGUGCUAUCUGUGUUAGAAUGCAAAAAACUCUCCAGGAACUGUGUAUUGUUCACUGCUUCUCUUCUCUAUCUCUUUUAUCCCCCUGAAAACCUUCUAUGUUUGUUUCCAUGUUUUUGAAGUUCACCAAUUUCUUGGCCAUGAACAACUCUGUAGCUUGCCUAUUCCGUCCUACAUGUUAGUACUUCUUUUCGGUUAUAAAGAAUUCCAUCUCUACCAUUCAGAUGAAGGGGGCUGUAUUUUUUUCCUGGCAAGUGUUUGCAAAAAGCAGUUGGAAUGUCCUAGUUUUUUGAAGCUUAGUUUUCUUACUUUUGGAAUCUGAUAUCUUUGUUUUUCUAGUAUUUAUUUGAAAGAUAUCUGGGGACCUGGAUUGUUACCUUUCUCAACAAAAAAAAAAAGA